CCUGUAACCAUGCUGUAACGCUGUUUGGAAUUUUGCAACGCAGGCAGCUAGCUAUGAGCGCGACAUGCUUACUUGUACAAAAUCCAUAAUUUCCCAUCAAAUCUGCCAGAAGCCACAACGGAGUUUUCAUUUAUCAUCAAGCUAUGGAAUGUUGACCUCCACUGUUUGCCACCUGCUUUCUCCAUGCCUUUUGCAGGACAAGAUGAAUAAACAAAUGCUGGAAUGGGCUGUGCAAGAAAUCUUGAAGAAUUCAGUUUUACCUUGUUACAACAACCAGAUGUUGGUGGUAAGGUGUAUCAUGAUUUUCUGGACUUCACUCGGAAAGAAAGAGAAGAUUCUGUCAAUAGUGCAGUAAGAGAAACACAGGAAGCAGCUGAAAGAAGACUCAAGAAAUGUCUGCAUGAUGCUUACAAGAAAGCUGAAGCUGAUAAGCAGCAAGCACUUAAGGAAGCUAGACUGGAAGCAAAACAAACAGCUGCUCGUGUUGCUGAGGCAAGGGACCAGCUAGAGGCAGAGAGAAUUGAAAAGCUUACGUGGGCCUUCAAAAUUGAAAAAGAAGAAGCAUUACAGAAACAAUGGGAGGAAUGCGAACGCAUCAAGAAAAAGGCUGUUGAAGAUGCAAUCGCUGCAACAACAAAAAGGUUACGGAAGGAGUUUGCACUUGAGAAGGAGCUAGCUAUUGCCAAAGCCCUAUCUGUUGCAAGGGAGAAAUUUAAGAAAAGAUUAGAGGAAGCGAUCAAAACCACCAAAGAAGAAUGUGAACGAAAAGCAGCAGAAGAAGCAGCCAGGGUGGCAAAGUUGCAUCGAGAAGAAGUUUUGAGACUUGAACACAUAAUUGAAGACUUACAGCGGCAAAUUCGUGAUGAGAUUGAAGCAAGAGAGAUGGUACAAAAUGAUUUCAAGGCAAUCCAACAAGAUUACCGUCGUUUCCUUGACUACACGGAUGGUAAAUACCAUUCGGAUUAUUUGAUGCGUCUUCGUAAGCAUGGCAUGAGAUAUGAUAUUUUUUGGGACCGACGUAGCAGUGAAGAUGUGGACAUUUUUCCUCUGCCAACAUUUCUACACAAUUACACCAGACAGGGGAAGGUUAGAGCUGAUGACCCAUCAGCUAAAGUCAACCGCUUUGUUGCACUCCAUUCUACAUAACGUGUACUCACAUCACUUUUUUCCUCGUUUGUGCCUUAAGCCUAAAGUGGGCAAAAUGCAGUCAAAUUAGUGUACUUUUGCUUUGUUUUUUGCAUUAAUAGAAAUACCUUCAUGUCCAUGGCUACAUUUACAAUCAUGCCAACAUUUACAGCUGUGAACAAUUUACUUAGAUUUAUUUAGAUUUCUAUAAAAUGCCUUUUACAUGGCAAAAGUCAUUUUGAAUUUUUGAUGAGCAGGUAAUUUUUUCUUUCAAUUGUUCAACCAGGUCUUUAAACCCCAUUUUAUUCAAGUAAUGAAGUGAGAAAUUGUACAAGCAAGUUGUAAAUAGAUAAUUGUUUCCUUUAGAUUCAUUUUUAUGUUUGUACA